AAUGGAGCUCGAAAUAGCACCCAGGGACGAAUUCAGACUCAGGAGGUGAAUCGAAAUUCGGAAGGUUGUGCGUGGUCAAUAUGCCUGAAAUGGGCAUAUGUUAUCAUCAGACGGGGGCAUAGACCGUUGUACGGACCCCUACCUCUCCUCAUUGCCAGUGGCAAUCCCAUCCACUCUUUUCGUUUACCAUUCCACUCUUUUCAAACUGUCUGCAAACAUAUUCUUACCCUUGAUCAAGCCGCGACCGCUCAGGCCCAGCAACGCGAUAAUACCGCAACGCGCGCCCUGACGGCAGUUCCCAUCAAAACCUCUUCCGGCAAAUGUCUCUUUGUCGACCCUACCACCGGCGACUUUCGCGCCAACCUCAUCCCAGUCCAAAUCAAGGACUGUGAUGGUAGUGCAGGUCAACAGUGGGACGUUAUCACCGCUGGAAAGCAUAACAAUCAGCCCGGCUUUGCCUUGAUCGUCAGCACUCAGGCAAGGCUGAGGGAAACAAGGUCCUCUUGUUCUCUUGUGGUGGACGAGCUGAUGGAGACGGUCAAACCACCGACUCGCAGCUCUUCCAGUUCUCUGGUAGUGUCACCACCGGCACCAGAGUUCUUAGCCCCAAGAACGGCAACAACCAGAAAUGCUUUGCGCCCAAGGGAAAUCUCCUCGAUGUUACCGGAUGUAACUCGAGUGCUGAUCAGGUCCACGACGACCCCGGCUCCUUCGACUACUUCUACCCGUGCUUCGUCCACCGUCACCCCUGUCUCCCGCGCUGGUGGAACUCUCAACCCCACUGCCGCCGCCGAAGCCCAACAGAGGGACAACACCGCUACUCGAGCAUUCACCUCCAUCCAAAUUAAGACUUCAAGCGGCCAAUGUCUCUCUGUCGACCCCACUGCCGGUGAUUUCCGCCAAAACCUUAUCCCCAUUCAGACCGUCAACUGCGACGCCAAUAGCGACCGCCAGAAAUGGGACGUUAUCACCGCUGGCAAGCACAACAACAAGCCCGGAUUCGCGCUCGUCGUCAGCUCACUCGUCAACGGGUGCCUCAACUUUGAUGACCGCCGUGCUGCGGGUGAUCAGGUCAUUUUGUUCUCGUGCGGUGGACGUGGUGAUGGCAGUGGUGGAACCCAAGGUGCACAACUCUUCAAGUUUGCGGCGGGCCAGACCACUAUUGUUUUGAGCCCCGAGACUACCAACAACUCUAGGUGCAUGGUGCAAAAGGGCGGGCUUUUGGACGUCACCGCAUGCAAUGCCAACUCGCCUAGUGCCGAUCAGGUCUUUAGUCUCGGAAACGCUGGCACCAACGUCAACGCCAACAACAAUAACGUCCAAAACACCGUCUCGACUGCUUCGGCGUCGAGGGCCGUUGUUACUCCUGCCGCUGUCUCAAGUUCUACUCGUACUUCUCCCACUGUCACCCCUGUCUCUCGCGCCGGUGGAACUCUCAACCCCACCGCUGCAGCUGAGGCUCAACAACGCGACAACACUGCUACCCGUGCCCUCACCGCCGUCCAAAUCAAGACUUCAAGCGGCCAAUGUCUCUCCGUCGACCCCACCGCUGGUGACUUUCGUCAGAACUUGAUCCCCGUCCAAGCCGUCAACUGCGAUGCGAAUAGCGACCGCCAAAAAUGGGACAUUAUCACUGCCGGAAAGCACAACAACAAGCCCGGAUUCGCUCUCGUCGUUAGCACGCUCGUCAACGGCUGCGUCAACCUCGAUGAACGCCGUGCUGCCGGUCAAACCAGUAUCGUUUUGAGCCCCGAGAAUACGAACAAUUCGAGGUGCUUGGUGCAAAAGGGUGGAUUGUUGGAUGUGACCGCGUGCAAUGCCAACUCACCUAGUGCAGACCAGCGCUUCACCUUUGGCAACGCCGUCAACACCAACACGGGUAACAACAACGCCAACAAUGGAAACAACAACGCUGUCGUCUCGACCACCAGGGCUGCGACUACGAGCACUCCAGCUCCCGCUGCUACCAACACGGCCACUAGGGCCUCUGCCACUGUCACCCCCGUUUCUCGUGCUGGUGGAACUUUGAACCCAACCGCUGCCGCCGAAGCUCAACAACGUGACAAUACCGCCACCAGAGCCUUUACCAAGGUCCAAAUCAAGGUAUGCAUCUCACCUUUUUUCAUUUUGCUCGUGCUGACAAUUUGUAGACUUCGAGUGGCCAAUGUCUUUCUGUUGACCCUACCGCCGGUGAUUUCCGCCAAAACCUCAUCCCUAUCCAAACCGUCAACUGCGAUGCGAACAGCGACCGCCAGAAAUGGGACGUCAUUACUGCUGGCAAGCACAACAACCAGCCAGGAUUCGCGCUCGUCGUCAGCUCACUCGUCAACGGAUGUGUCAACCUCGAUGACCGUCGUGCCCCCGGAGACCAAGUCAUCCUCUUCUCGUGUGGUGGACGUGGUGAUGGAAGUGGCGAGACCAACGGCGCACAGCUGUUCAAGUUUACAGCGGGCUCCCGAAACAUUGUUCUCAGCCCCCAGAACACGAACAACUCCAACGCUGAUCAGGUACAUUUCCCCACAUCCUUCAUCUUCUCAACUGACCAUUUUCUCCUAG